AUGUGGAAAUGCAUUGGACAAUUAGCUAAUGCAAUUAACUCUAGAAACCAGGGAGCCCUACCUAGUAAAACAAAAGUCAAUCCUAAGGAGCAAAUCAAAGCCAUAACUUUAAGGAGUGGUACAACGUUAUCUGAAGCAAAUGACAAGUCUAAGGAUAAUAUAGAGUUAAAAGAAAAUGAGCAAAACAAUGAAGAAUUAGUCGAAAAAGAACUAGAAUCACCCUCUCUUUCUCCUGUUAAACCUUAUGUACCACCUAUUCCUUUUCCUCAAAGACCUAAAAAGAAUAAGUUCGAUAAUCAAUUUGAGAAAUUUCUGAAAAUGUUUAAAGAAUUACAAAUUAAUAUUCCUUUUGUUGAUGCUUUAAUGCAAAUUCCUUCUUAUUCUAAAUUCCUUAAAGAAAUCAUGUCUAAGAAAAGAAAACUUGAAGAUUACGAAACCAUUGCUUUAAGUGAGGAAUGUAGUGAUGUUAUUUAG